AUGCAGGGGAAGCGACUUCCUUACCUCGGAAGGCCCACGCAAGGAAGGCCAGCACAGAUAGCAAACUAUUGGACCAGGAGGGUAUUGAUCGACAAUGGUAGUUCCGCAGAUAUCCUCUUUUGGGAAGCUUUCAGCAGAAUGGGAAUUUCUCCCAACCGGCUAUGGCCAGUGCCAAUGCCCCUUAAAGGCUUUACCGGGGAUACCAUCCAGCCAGCUGGUGCAAACGCCCUGUUCGUACUAGUAGGCGUGGCCCCCAAAACCACAUCCCUCAUGGUAGACCUCCUAGUGGUCAAGGCCCCUUCCUCAUACAAUGUGAUACUUGGGAGACCAUCGUUGAACCAAAUGAAGGUUGUCACUUCUACAUACCACCUAAAAGUAAAAUUUCCCACCGCAUGUGGGGUAGGAGAGAUGCGAGGUGAACAGCAGGCCGCGAGGGACGGCUAUACUAGGGAGAUGAAGUCAAAGGUGGUAAUCAUACAAACUCUAGCAUCAAGCCGCAAGCAACUUGCCGAACCAGUGCCACCCGUUCGGACAGGACAAGUGCAGGAGUAG